CAGUGCCAUUCGGAGUAGCAGAGUGGCGUGAAAAAGAGGAGGAAGCUCUCUGAUCGGAAUUUCACGCUUUCGAUCAAAUCAAAACCCUAAUUUGCAGGCUGAGAGGACGACUGUAGAAUACCUUUAGACUCAUUAAAUUUGAAUUGUCAAAGCUCUUAUUGCUUCUUCUACUUCCAAAUCACAGAGCAAUUACAGCCAUUGAAUUUGUGCAGAGAAAGGUGAUGAUUGCUGUGUUGACUUCAAAUUCAGUUCGAUUCAGUUCAAUCCAUGUCGAAUAUGUUUCUUCUUCGUGAAUUCACAAUCAUCCUUGUCGUAGCAACUCUCAUCAUCUCUUCCGCCAAAGCCAACAAUUGCAACAGAACCUGCGGAUUCGGUAAAGGAAAUCACAAUCGCUUUCCUUUUCCCUUUGGAUUCUCCGGCGACUGUGAAGUUCUUCUGGAUUGUAGCCACGGCGAAGCUCGCAUCGGCGAAUUCCAUGUUCGGAAUGUCACAUCAGAUAGCAUAUUGAUCAAUCUUCCGGCUAAUUGCAACCGUUCAAUCAGUGACAUCAGGAAACUCUUCGGCAGAAACUAUGCCCUGACUUGGCGAAACGGCCUUCUCUUGCAAAAUUGUAGCUCACCGCUCAGCGGUUGCGUGAUACCGAGGAGUAUGCUACAGAGUCAAUUCCAGUUGGAAAAUUGCGAUUCGAGUAAUGAUAAUAUCACUUGUUAUUCAGAAGAGAAGACAGAGUCGGAGUUCAUGACAUACAAUAACUUGACCCGGACCGGCUGUAAUUUCGUGUUCUCUUCCAUAGCCGUCGAUUUGGGUAGCAAUUCGAGUAAGAAUCCGGUGAUUUCGCUCGAGUUUCAAACGGUGGAGCUGCAAUGGUGGUUGCUAGGGGCGUUCAGUUGUGAUCCAAAUGCGGAUGAUACAAUUGUGACCCUUGCCGAUGGAAGUAAAGGGUUUCGAUGCCAGUGCCGGAAAGGGUUUAAGGGCGAUGGAUUCGUCGGCGGCAAUGGUUGCCGGAAAGACUCUGAUUGCAGUGCCUCAAAAUACAUGUCUGGUAAAUGUGGAGGAACUACAAGAGUUGGUAUUCUUAUUGGAGGGGUUAUUGUUGGAGCUUCAUUAAUGGCUGCUUUAGCUCUCAUCUGCUACUGCAUCCGACGACGGUCCAAUUCUUUGAAAAGCCAAAUGAGUGCAAAUCGGCUACUAUUUGAAGCUGCAGGCAGCAACAGUGUUCCUUUGUACCCAUACAGAGAAAUUGAGAGAGCCACUUAUGGCUUCUCUGAGAAAAAAAGGUUGGGCACUGGGGCCUAUGGUACAGUUUAUGAAGGAAAACUCCACAAUGAUGAAUUUGUUGCCAUUAAAAGAAUUAGACACCGAGACGCUGACGGCAUUGAACAAGUCAUGAAUGAGAUCAAGCUUCUGUCUUCUGUGAGCCAUCCAAAUCUAGUCCGCCUCUUAGGUUGCUGUGUAGAGAACGGUGAACAGAUCUUAGUAUACGAAUUCAUGCCCAAUGGAACUCUAUCUCAGCAUCUACAAAGAGAAAAGGGCAAGGCCCUUCCAUGGACGGUACGCCUCACCAUUGCCACUGAAACUGCUCAUGCAAUUGCUCAUCUCCACUCUGCCAUUAGUCCGCCAAUAUACCACAGAGACAUCAAAUCUAGCAAUAUACUUUUAGAUCACAACUUCAACUCAAAGGUAGCAGAUUUUGGUCUUUCUAGACUUGGUAUGCCUGAUGAUUCCCACAUUUCUACAGCCCCACAAGGGACUCCUGGAUAUGUUGAUCCUCAGUACCAUCAAAACUUCCAUCUUUCUGAUAGAAGUGAUGUUUACAGUUUUGGGGUAGUUCUUGUAGAGAUCAUAACCGCAUUGAAGGUGGUUGAUUUCUCUCGACCUCAUAGUGAGGUGAAUUUGGCUGCGCUUGCAAUUGACAAGAUUGGAAAAGGUUGUGUGGAUGAGAUAAUAGAUCCAUUCAUUGAGCCACAUAGGGAUGCUUGGACACUUUCAUCUGUUCACAAGGUGGCUGAGCUGGCAUUUAGGUGCCUUGCUUUUCAUAGGGACAUGAGACCUUCUAUGAUAGAAGUGGCAGAUGAGUUAGAACAGAUCAGGAUUAGUGGGUGGGCACCGUUGGAGGAGAAUAUGUUCAUGGCAUCAUCAGUGGCAUCCUCUUGUUCAUCGCCUUAUUAUGGAAGUGAGAAGUCAGUCAGUAGUGUGACAGUUAAUAAGGCAGGUGUGGGGAGUCGGAGAUUAAUGGUUCCACAUAGAGCAGCUGAUUGCCUUGCUCCGAUGGAGGAGGAGAAGGAUAGCUCCCCCGUUUCUGUGCAGGACCCUUGGUUAAGUGAGCAGAGCUCGCCUUCAACAAACAGUUUGUUGGGUAAUGUAGUUCAGUGAUUAAAAAAGCUGCUGCUUCUUUGGGUGCCUUGAUUCAUCUCAUGUUGUGAAUAGCAAGUUGUUAUUUCUUACUUUAUUAUUACUACCUUCUUAUAGAUAUAGUAUGGAUUUACUUAUCAAAUAUAUAUAUAUAUAUAGAUAUAGUAUGGAUAUCCUUUUGUAUGCUUGACCUUCCAAGCCUUUCUUUAUGUUUUUCUACAAGUACACACAAAAUGUAUAAGUCAUCACUGAACAAAUUACUAAUAUAUAAAGCAUACGAGCUUAUGAACUGA